AUGGCAUUCUUCCUAGGCUUCAUCCCAGAGCUCGGCUUCAUCGCGCAGUUCGUUGUGUCGUUGCCCGUGGUUGUCUUCUCGCCAGUGGACUCAAAUGGAGUUCUGGACGGCAGCACAGCCCUCUGGAACCUUAAGUGUUUUAUUAUGGGAAGUUUUGCCAUCAAGCUGGUGAUCAACAACGUCAUCGAGACCAUCGUGAUGAAGUCGGACAAGGUCCUGAACCAGGGCGGGCAGGAGGUGCAUGCCGUCCUGAUCCUCUUUCUGCUUGCGCUGGGCGGCGAGGUCUGGGGCUGCGUCGGCAUGCUGCUGGCGGUCCCGGGCAUCUCCCUCGGCCGCUUGGUGAUGCGGCUCGCCGACGACACCAUUCGGGAGCGUGCUCAGGCCCCGCCGCCGCUGGCCGGGCGUGCUCAUCACCACCCUCUCGCCGAGCCCGCCAGGCUCGGGCCGUGGCGCCUCAGAGGCUGGCCGCGGGCCCCCGCUGCAGCCCGAGCCCGCCGCCGGGCCGGGGGCCGCCCCAUGCUGCCGCAGCCGGCCAGGGGCCUCCGCGGGGGGGGCCCCUCCCCGUGCCGGGGGGUGGGCAGGCCUCCUGCCCCGACGCGUCGAUGA